AUGAUGUUCAUGAACAAGGAGUCUGACCCAAUCCUAUGUCGUACUUUCCCAACUUUCUUGGACGGAGCCGCCCUAAUUUGGUUCUCCAACCUCCCUGAAGGCUCCAUUUCUAACUUUGAUGAAUUAGCCGACCAAUUCGUCAACCACUUCGCUGCAUCCAAGAUAUACGUGCACAAUUCUGACUACCUGGGUACUAUUAAGCAAGGGCCGAAUGAAAGCGUAAAGGAGUACAUGACCAGAUUCGCUGAAGCAACCAACGAAAUACCCAACCUGAACCCAGAAGUCCACCUCCACGCCCUAAAAAGCGGCCUCCGCCCUAGAAAAUUCCAAGAAACCAUAGUCAUAGCAAAACCAAAAACCCUAGUUGAAUUCUGA